AUGGUUACUCUUUCACACCAAUUGAAGAAUCUAGCACGUACUGAACAAUUUUACUGGUUUAUUUGUCAUUUGUUAAGUUUCAUAUGUUUCAGCUUUUCACUAGUUGAAUCAAUUUUUGGAUCAAAAUUGUUUUACAAACAAUGUCUUUUCUUUAUCAUUGUAACUUACGUUAUUGUUCUCAAACAGAUAUUCAAACAAAGAAAAGAUAAGACCAAGUCAUCGAAGAUCCUCAAUGAUGAAAACCUUCAAUAUUUCUUCAUUGCCAUAUGGUUUUACUUUUCCUCAGGUAAAUACCUUGAAAUUUUAGUUAGUUUCAACAUUUUCCUGGUGUUUCACAUUUUAAAUUAUUUCCAAAAUAAUCUCCUUCCACAUUUGCCCCUUGGUAUACAAUACCAGAAUUUAAUCAAUGUCAAUAUCAAAAAAGUACAAACGAAUUAUGUUUACUUGUUACAAAUAUCCUUAGUUUCAGAGAUCUUCCUUGUAGUCAGUUUAUUCUCCACCGUUGUAAUGAGUAUAUUACUGAUGAACAUGUUUAAGAUUUUAUGGUGUAUUAUCACCAUGACAUUCAUGAUCUUAUUCUUGAACUUGAAGGUAAGAAAUAAUAGCUUAUCUAAACAGAUAGUAACUCAAUUAGAUCAAGUGAUGAUCCAAUCUUUAGCCUCCAACUACUGGCUCAAUAUGUUAUCCAUCAGUAGCCAAUGUUUAACUUUAUACACAUAUGUCAAGAGAAUAGUCAGCUUAGAUUUAUAG